GGAGUAGUCGGCUCCUUAACCAGUCUUGCAUCCAGUUUGUCUCGUAAUCUGGAUCAAAUUUCUUUGAGCACUGAACGGGGUCACCAUCUUGUGAACCAUCACAAACUCCAGCUUCGAAUGACCCAUAAUCUGCCUAAAACAUUGGAUUCUGCUUCCAGUACUUAUACUACCCACCUGAAUAACCAGAUUCAAGACUCUAUCCCUGUUCAAAUCUCAAACCUUUCGACAGACUGCUAUUCAUUGGAUCCGAAUCUGGCUAUGGAUUCAAAAGUUGUUAGUUCCAGUGAUGCUAAAGAGCAAACAGUAAUGUCGAAUGCGGAUGGCCUAAUUUCAAAUUUAGGUCUCGGUCUUGCUGGCCUCGGGCUCAGUUUGCUUGGCGGGUUAGCCGGCCUGGCUAACGAGCCACUGCAAGCGAUAUUCGAGGUGGCCAAUCGUAAAGAAUCCGAGCAUGCUCAACAAGAGGCAAAAAUGUUAAAAUAUUCGACAGAACAUCUUCAUACACUGGAAUCGGCUAAUGAGAGCAUGACUGAAGCUUCUACUCGGUUAACACUUGUUGCCAUGACAUAUUUGCGUGCUGCCAUCUUCGGAUUCACUCGUGGUCUCGUCGGGGCCGUGGCUUUGCCCCUGUCCGGCGCUGCCGAUCUUGUUGCCCAGACUGGUGAACGUCUAAUGCGCGAUUCUGGAAUUGGAUGUGCUUCUUGUCAAGAGCGAACUAGGCUUGGAAAGUAA